AUGUGGCAGGUCAGUGCCCGCUCCCUGUGCCGGGCCAGCUCCCGCGCCUGGCAGAGGCGGCUGCCCUGCCCCGGCCCCGCACCUGCGGCCCCACGGAGCGGCGGCCCCGCGUGGAGCCCCGGGACAGCCCCCGCCCAGGGACUCUCCUCCAUGGCCCCCUCCAUCCGCCUGUCGCCCGCCGCCCGCAGCCUCUUCGAUCAGCCGCUGGCCAUCGCCGUGCAGGGCCUGGGCCCGCGGCAGCAGGUCACUCUGCGGACGUCCUUGCGGGACGAGACCAGAGAGCUCUUCCAGGCCAGUGCCCGCUACCAGGCGGGCGACGACGGCGAGCUGGACCUCGCCCGCUGUCCUGCGCUGCCGGGAGGCAGCUUCUCCGGCCUGGAGCCCAUGGGGCUGCUCUGGGCUUUGCAGCCCGAGAAACCUUUCUGGCGGCUGGUAAAGCGGGACGUGCAGAGCCCCUUCCUCCUGCAGCUGGAGGUGUUUGAGGGCCACGGCGAGCGCCACGGGCGGCUCCUGGCCCAGGCGCAGCACGAGCGGGCGUUCCUGCGGGACGGGGUGCGGAGAAUCCCGGUGCGACAAGGGAGGAUCCGGGCGACGCUUUUCCUGCCCCCCGGAGAAGACACCUUUCCAGGGAUCAUUGAUAUACAUGGACUUGGAGGAGGUCUUUUGGAGUCCAGAGCAAGCCUGCUGGCCAAUCAUGGCUUUACCACACUCGCCCUGGCUUAUUAUCAAUUUGAGGAUCUGCCCCGGGAACCAAAGGAACUCCACCUGGAAUAUUUUGAAGAGGCAGUGAACUAUAUGCUGCAGCACCCACAGGUGAAGGGUCCAGGGGUUGGCCUGCUUGGUUUCUCCAAAGGAGCCGAAGUGUCCCUUGCCAUGGCUGCCUUCCUGAAGAACAUCUUGGCUGUUGCUUCCCUCAAUGCCCCUGUUGCUGUUACAGCGAUUCCUCUCUCUUACAAAGGUAAAAUCAUCCCCACUGUCACCUUACAUCAACACAAAGCCAAGGCCACCAAUUCCAAAUUUCUUGACUAUUCUGAUGCCAUGGAGGAUCCCUUUCAAGCUCCUGGCGACCAAAGCCGGAUCCCACUAGAGAAAAGUGAGGCACAGCUUCUAUUCAUUGUGGGCCAAGAUGACUGUGUUGUCAAAAGUGAGUAUCAUGCUACUGAAGUCUGCAAGCUUCUGCAGGCUCAAGGGAAGAAAAAUUUUCAGAUCCUCUCCUACCCUGGAACAGGGCACUGCAUAGACCCACCCUUUUUCCCUUUGUACCACAUAGGAAGCCACCCUGUUUUUCACAAGCGAGCAGCCCUGGGUGGGGAGCUCAGGGCUUAUUCUAAAGCUCAGGUUCAUGCUUGGUCACAGAUCCAGGCAUUUUUCAGAAAGUAUUUAAUUGUUAACUAA